AGGUGCUCAGGCCUAAAGAUGAGGACAAAGCUUUCUGAGCAGUCCCCUGGCUAGGCAGUGAGGUGCCAGCGUGGCCAGGACAUUUGCUUAGAGCCCUUCUGUCUCCACUGGAAAUACAGAGCUCCUCCAGAUCUCACCAGGAAGGCAAAGAUUAUCUGCCUUAGAAAGGCUCUUGUAUAGAUGAGCUCUGCUACCACCAGGCAUGCCACUGGGUGCUUUGUUUGACUUGCUGAUGGAGACUGCCAGGAUGCCCGUCAUGCGAUAAGAUGAGGAGCAUUCUCCAAGUUGUCCAUUCAACGCCGGAUCUUGAUGGUUAUGGCAAAAUCUUUCAUCAGCAUAUGGUAUAAUGGGCUACCGGUUGGAUGAUUUACAGUCAUCUGAAACAUGAUACAUACUUCUCUUCCUUGUCCACGCCUACAUGCUGACACACUACCAGUUUUGUUUCCGAAAGAGGAGUUCACAGAACUACGCAGUGCCUGAUCCAACCAGCCGCUUUGAUGUUCCUCAGUGGACCAUACUAUGUCAGAGAGCCACAAUGAUCAUGCAAAAUAAUAGUUCAGCCUCGUCCCUGUUUUCAAAUGUGAGCUCCUUCUGGAAGAGAGAUUCGCAUGGGCCAGGACUCCUUGAUGAAGCAGCAUCGCUCAUCGGCAGCUAUGAUUUCCCUCAGACCACAGAGAGUUUUCCCUUCUCCACUGUGGAAUCAACAAACAUGUCCCUAAAUGCCACAAGCAAAGACCCUCUGGGUGGACACACUGUCUGGCAAGUAGUUUUGAUUGCUUUCCUCACUGGGAUCCUUGCACUGGUGACCAUCAUAGGAAACAUCCUAGUGAUUGUUGCAUUUAAGGUUAACAAACAACUGAAAACGGUCAACAACUACUUCUUGUUGAGUCUUGCUUGUGCAGAUUUGAUCAUCGGUGUUAUUUCCAUGAAUCUUUACACCACGUACAUCAUCAUGGACCACUGGGCUUUGGGAAACUUGGCCUGUGAUCUUUGGCUCUCCAUUGACUAUGUCGCCAGUAAUGCCUCUGUCAUGAAUCUCCUUGUCAUAAGUUUUGACAGGUAUUUUUCCAUCACUAGGCCACUUACAUACAGAGCCAAACGAACAACCAAAAGGGCUGGGGUGAUGAUUGGUUUAGCAUGGAUCAUCUCUUUUGUUCUUUGGGCCCCUGCCAUCUUGUUCUGGCAGUAUUUUGUCGGGGAGAGGACUGUGCCUCCUGAUGAAUGUUUCAUUCAGUUUCUAAGUGAACCUGUCAUCACUUUUGGCACUGCCAUAGCUGCCUUUUACUUGCCAGUCACCAUUAUGAGUAUUUUGUAUUGGAGGAUCUACAAGGAGACCGAGAAACGCACCAAAGAGUUAGCAGGGCUACAGGCUUCGGGCAGUGAAGCAGAGGCAGCACGCUUCGUCCACCAGACAGGCAGCUCCCGGAGCUGCAGCAGCUACGAGCUGCAGCGGCAGAGCAUGAAACGCUCCACCCGAAGGAAAUACAGACGCUGCCACUUCUGGCUCACAAUGAAGAGCUGGGAACCCAACGCAGACCAGGGGGACCAAGAGCACAGCAGCAGCGACAGCUGGAACAACAAUGAUGCUGCUGCCUCCCUUGAGAAUUCAGCCUCCUCUGACGAGGAAGACAUCGCUGCAGAAACCAGAGCCAUCUAUUCAAUCGUGCUGAAGCUACCCGGUCACAGCGCCAUCCUCAAUUCGACGAAACUACCCUCCUCGGAAGAUUUGCAUGAGUCAGGGGAUGAACUGCAGAAAUCUGACACAGAAUCGAAGGAAAAGAAACCUAAAAAAUUGCACCCUCCCAAAAGUGUUCAGGAUGGUGGAAACUUCCAAAAGAGCUUUUCUAAGCUUCCAAUUCAGCCAGGGUCAGCAGAGACAACCACAGCUUCUGAUGGCAUCUCAUCAGUGACCAAGGCAUCUGCAGCCCUGCCCUUGUCCUUCAAGGAAGCAACCCUGGCAAAAAAGUUUGCCUUGAAGACCAGAAGUCAGAUCACAAAGCGAAAACGAAUGUCACUUAUCAAAGAAAAGAAAGCGGCACAGACGCUCAGUGCCAUUUUGUUUGCCUUCAUCAUUACCUGGACCCCAUAUAACAUCAUGGUUCUGGUGAACACCUUUUGCAGCUGUAUCCCCAAAACUUUCUGGAACCUGGGGUACUGGCUUUGCUACAUCAAUAGCACGGUGAACCCCAUGUGCUAUGCACUGUGUAACAAAACAUUCAGAAACACUUUCAAGAUGCUACUGCUGUGCCAGUGUGACAAACGGAAACGACGCAAACAGCAGUAUCAGCAAAGGCAGUCCGUCAUUUUUCAUAAGCGGAUCCCUAGGGAGGCUUCAUAGAAUAGUAUUUUUUAAACAAUUUAAAAAAAUAACGAA